AUGAAAAGUCGGCCGCACGCUCACAGCCAUGGCGUGCGCAGCAUCACAUUUGUGCUUGCAAUAUCGUUCCACGCUGUCAUUGAAGGUCUCGCUUUUGGUGUCCAGGGCGAUAGCACGCAAAUUCUGACGCUGUUCAUCUCGUUAAUGGUUCACAAAGUGAUUGUUGCAUUCUCGAUUGGCCUGCAACUGGGUCGUACUCACGCACACUCACUGGGAUGGGUAUGCCUCAGUAUGGGUCUCUUCUCGAUCAUGACACCUUUAGGCGGCAUUAUUGGUACAUUCGUUCAAAGCGCUCAAAUAGACACACAAGUCAAGGCUUUCACCAUUCUCGUCUUUCAAGGACUUGCUGUUGGCACGUUUAUUUAUGUCACUUUUUUUGAGGUAAACUUCUUGCACUUCACUUUUUUUACUCCUUAA